CAUAACUUUACCAAAUACACCUCAAUUCACAGAAUGGUCCAACAGUCAAUAAAAUAAUCCAGUCGUCCAGUUUUCCAAAUUCAAUAAAAACAAUGACCCAUCCACCCACAAUUAUUCGUCCAUAGAGCGUGCAUGACAACCGAAGUCCUGCAAAAAAAAAAAAAACCGCGUCCUGGUUUGUCAUUGCGUAGGACGCGAACCAUUAUUUCUAUGUAAAAGAAGCAAAGAGUUAUACUGGCGUCGGCGUCGAGACGCUCAAAAGGAUAAACACAAUAGCGGCUAGCCCUGAUGAUUGAAACUAACGUCGCGAUUCAUGAAGGGGCGGCCUAGCGCAUAAAGAAUUUUGCUUGGUCUUAGCAGUAGUCGCCCUGGACGUGCAAUGGUCUCGGAUACUAGCAAAUAAUGUCAGAGAGCCGAGCCAACAGUCGUAUUCGGUUUGUUGAAACGAUAAUACGCGGAUUUUGCUCAAGUUUCGCGCUCUUUACAUAGUUUAUCGUUUAUUGGAGCUUUUAAUAAAGCUCCAAUAAUCCGUUGAUGUUACAUCUCCAGUAAUCGUAAUUUUUUUUUUUGUGAACUACAUAUAUGUUUUUGAUUAAUUUUUAUUAUUAAGGAUAAUUCUAGAAUAUGCUAAAAAUGGAUAAAUAUCACAGACACUGGUGGUUAGCAUUUACAUUGAUAAUGGCUGAAAUAGCGGCUACAUUUGGAACAGGAAUGGCGCCACUUCCUGCUGGAAAAAGGCAAACAUGUCCAAAUGAAGGUGAACCAGUUACCACCGGAUUCGAUGCACAGAUUGUAGAUUGCUUCUCUUGCAUCUGCAAGAAUGGCUACGUAGAAUGCAAAAACAAUUGCCCGAGAGUCGACGAGUGUCAUUUAGUCGUAGAAAAAAAUGACUGCUGCAAAAUAUGUAAAGGAUGUACUUACAAAGGCCUACCAUAUGACAGCCAUACAGAAUGGAUAGAUCCAGUGAAUCCGUGUAAAAUAAUGAGAUGUGAAGCUGGCAUUAUUACAGUGUCCGAUCUACAGUGCCACACGCCUUGUCCGAAUCCUUUGCCACCUGAACCAGGAAAAUGUUGUAAAACUUGUCCAGUGUGUCAAAUCAACGGUCAAGUGGUAGCGGAAGACCGUGACGUAGUUUCCGAAGAUGAUCCCUGCCUAAAAUGCCGUUGCAAAAAAGGACAAUUGACCUGCUCAAAAAAAGCGUGUCCUGUCCUGCAAUGUCAUCCCAGUAUGCAGCACAAACUACCAGGCGAAUGUUGUCCAAGGUGUAACGGUACCAGAGCCAUUAUUCUUCUAGAGCACACAUGCCCCAUUCAAAAAUAUUUGUAUAAAGAGGGACAGGACUACAAAAUCGACAGGUGUACGCAUUGCAUGUGCAUGAAUAACACGUCGAUUUGUACUAGGAAUGCUUGUCCUAUUUUGGAUUGCUCGUCGGAUUUACAAAGGACUAUGCCGGGACAUUGUUGUCCGACUUGUAUCAAACCGAAAAUCGAAGAAAUGAUCUCGGAAUGUCAUCAGGGUGGACAUACUUAUGAGGAUGGUAAUGUGUGGCAACUGGACGAGUGCAGUUCCUGCAAGUGCCACGACGGCAAAGUAAGCUGCGCCAGGAUAACCUGCAAUACCACUUGUGCCGCAGGAAUGAAACAGAUUAAAGUUAAAGGGGAAUGUUGCAAGAAAUGUGUUGAAAACGAUGGAGCUUGUAUGGCCUUUGGUGACCCUCACUACAAAACUUUUGAUGGCAAAAUCUACACGUUCAAAGGGAUCGGCAAAUAUCAACUGAUAAGAGACUGCCAGAAUAAUACGUUUUCAAUAAGGGUUGCCAAUUAUGUAGCAGAUAAGUACAUGGAUUCUCCAAUUACAAGACGAGUUCAGAUUAAUUUUGGUAAAAAUCGUUUGAUUUUGCAACAGCGGCUCAGGGUGAAAUACAAUGGACACAAAAUGGCUCUACCCUUUAGAAUGGAAGGUCAAUUCAGGGUUAGCAAACUAAAAGACAGCAUCGAAGUGCGAUUACAAAACGACGUAGUGAUUCUAUGGAAUGGUCGCAGCUUCCUCGAAGUCACAGUUCCACCAGUUUACAAAGGCAAACUCUGUGGACUUUGUGGCAAUUUCAAUGGAGACGUACAAGACGAUUUACGGACAAAAUCGGGCAAAACUGUAAGCGACAAAGAACUACUAGUUUUUGGAACAUCAUGGUGCGUGGGUAAAAAGACAGAAUGCGCCAAGAAAUACAAACAAAACCAACGAGAAAGUAGCGACGUGAGAAGCUGCAAGUAUUUGAACUACGAAAUUUUCUCAGCUUGCGAAAGCAAAUUGAGCAAUAGCAAGUAUUACAAGGCAUGCAAAAUGGACAUGUACAACUGCAACAGCGGAAAAUGUUAUUGCGAGAGCCUUCUGGCAUACGCUAGAGAAUGUGAGAGGCUAGGGGUUAAUUUGAGCAAUUGGCAAAAAUACAGUAAUUGUGAUUCUCACAAUCCUCAGCAGCGUUAUUCAAAUAACAACUACAGGUCGAAGCACAAGCAUCAUCAAUCAUCUCAAGCACCAUCUUCUGAAGAAAUUUUGAGAUACUCACAAAUUAAUUUGGCCAAAAUGAGGCCGAAUUCACCUCAUAGUUCCAGAAAACCCAUACCGUUACAUUAAACAAUUGGUCUAAAUGAAAGGGUUUGUUCCAGUGACUGGUAUUGGUAAGCACUUGCGCAUGGAAACUAUGGAACGAUCCAAUAAUAAGAGUCUUGUUUGUGAAGCUUUAGUUCAAAUUGAUGAUGUGAAUUGUGACAUUACCAAUGAGAAUUGGAUAGGUCUACGAAAAUCAGAUAGGGAAUGUGUGAAUCUACGACUUGAUUCCGCCAUGAAAAAUUUUGUACAGUAAACAGAAAUAAGUUAUCAGACUGUUUAAAAAGUGUUUGCUUGACAUCAAAAAAUUUCGACCUAUUCUAUGAUAGUCAAGCGCCAGUGAUUUUUACGAGUUUCGUUGAACUAUCCAGAACCAGUACUUUCCUAUUCGCAUCGAUAUUAACUGAGCUAGACUGCUAGUCAUUUUCAGUAUUUAAAAAAAAAAAUGUUGCCUAAAUAGAGAAAAAAACGCGCAUACUUUGUAUAUUAUAAUAUAUCGGUCAUACAGGAUUCAGUUGAAGAAUAUGAAAUAUUUUUAUUCGGCCCUUAUAGUGAAAAAAAAAAAGUAUUAACUUUAUUUUGUAAAAAUAGAUAUUUUUGAGAACAAAUUAUUUAUAUUUUUUUUUGAUAAAAUACGAAUCUAUUAUAUGUUUCGAGGUGUUAGUGCUGACGUGAGUUGACCAUGUAGAUGUAUUUUUUUAAAGAAAAAAUUAAUUCAAUGAGUGUGCCAUAAAAAAAAUUAAUUGUUAAUAUGCGAAGGUUCGAAAAACAUAACUUUUUGGAAUAAUUGCAAAUACUAAUAGGGCAAAUCCCCUAUUUAUGAAUUCAAGGAUUAGGUUUUUUGUCUAGUUUCCUGCUGAAUUCUCACAAUACCUUGACAAUUUUUCCAAUUAUUCUUAGUCUAAAUCAAAAUCUUUGUUGUUUAUUUUUUGGUCAGCCUAAAUUAUUAGAUAACAUAGUAGUGUCUAUACAAAUUAUUUCACAUCUUUUGUUUCUCUAAAACGGUAUUUAUAUUAACUUAUUCAUAUAAUAUAUGUAUUCACUCUUUUGGAAUAAACUGUGCUGAAAAAAAAAAAAAAAAAAAACAUUUAAAGUUAAUAAUUUACCAAAGACAACUUAUUAUAAAGUGCAUUUUUUUGAAUCUUAUAAUUAUUAAUGUAGUAACUAGUAAGUUGAUAAUUGUUUAAACUAGAAACAAUUAUCGUUGUGUAUAUACGUUUUAGUAUGGUUUAUGUUAGUUGGUAAUACAUGCAUUUAUCGUGCGUGUUUUUAUAGUUAUAUUUUUGGCGAUCUCUGUUCUUCUCGCAUAAUAUGUAGUAAAAAAAUAUGAUUUUUAUUGAAAAAUAAAAUUUGUUCCUAGAUAUAUAGAAUUUAUGACGGAUUGGGCUUCAAAUCUCUAUUAUAAAAUUUAAGGUUCUCAUGUUUUAUUGAAUAAUUUUUAAAGCAUUUUUUUACUUGGUUCCUAUUGUGUAUUUUUGUAAAUCAGUUUUAAUAUUUUAUUUUUUUUAGGAGUGCCCUAUGAAUUUAUUAGUGUUUUUAAGUUAGAAUUAGGAUUGUAAUAUUUUAUUGUUUCUUCUAUCCUCACUUGUAUUGAAUCAAAUUUGUCAUCUGGAAAAUAUAUUUUUAUCAAAAUUAUUGUACUUUAUACAAAUGGGUAGUUUUGUGACAUUAAAAAGAAUACCCACUACAAAUAUCUUAUGUAAAAUUAGUCCUCAAUUUCUGUCCAAUUAUUUGAUAGUUAUUGAAGAACUUUAUAGGUACAUUUAACUUAUUACAUACUUAUAUAUUAUUUCUACAAAUAGUUACUGUAUUUAUGUUUACAAAUAUAAUAAUAUUUUUUGACAUUUUGUUAAAAAAACAGCAAUGCCUAAUUAUUAACGUUUAUAAUAAUUUAUUUAUAAUAGUUUUUUUUUUGCAUUUUUGUAUAAAUUUGUUCUGUUGCAAUAAGAAAUCUCGUCUACUAAAAAUAUUUAAUAAAGAAUUAUAC